AUAAACACAAAUGGGAAUCUCAAUCAAUCUCCAUGGACUACUUAUGCACUAAUUAGUGCUUUAAUCUGAAGUGGGCUUGACAUACAAAUGUACAUCCAGAUGUUGGAGAUUUGAAAUAGUACACCACACAAUCUCAACUAAUCUCAACAGGAUAAUUAUAGAGGGAUUGAAUUGUUGAUAAUAAACAUAAAGACUGAUCUGUGUGACUACAGAAAGUUAGGACCAGAGCACCAGACGCUGUUAGAAUCUCAGCUUGAAUCUCUGAGUUAUAAUAUAACAUCCACAAAUCAAACUUCUGCAUAUAUUGUGAUCCAAUAUAAUUUGCACAUGAUAAUUUGUAUGUCAGCUCAGUAAAGCUGUAGACCAAGACAAUCCAAAGAAUUCUAUCUAGAGUGACAACAUUAUGAUGGGACAAUUAAACAAGUUACAAUCAAGUGAGGAACAAUCAACCAUGGAACAAUCAAGCAGGCAACAACCAUCUGAGGAACAAUCAACCAAGAAUGUGAUUCAACAAGCAAAUCUGACUCCAGGAAACAUUAACCUGUUACAUCUCAUGAUCAGGUCAAAUAAACCAAUUGAUGCUAUCACUAAAGUAUUCAAAGAUUGCAAAAAAGAUAUCAAUGCUGUUAUAUUUGGAGCAACUGCAUUAAGUUUAACACUUUAUCACAAUCGUAUGGAUGUCUUUGAUUUGAUAUUAAACGAGAGUGAUCCUGAAUUAGAUAUUAGAAGUAAAGACAAGAAUAAAAGAAUUGAGCCUCCUAUAGUGACUGCUUGUCGUCAAGGUAAACUAGAUGCAUCGACACGUUUGUUAGAAGGAGGCUGUGACACAGAGGGUGUAGAUGAUGUAGGUCAUACAGCACUGUGGUUAGCUACUCGUCAACGUUAUCCAAGAAUAUGUGCGCUCCUUAUCAGAUAUGGUGCCAAUGUGAACCCUUCUGUUGAAUGGAAUCGUUCGCCAUUAUACGUCUCAUUGAAAUUCCCAAGGAGAACUGACAUCACAGAGUUGUUCGUUUACCAUGGAGCAGAUGUUAGGAUUAAAGGGGAGCAUAAGUUCAAGUCACUGUUAUACUGGGCAAUGUUUCAUGAUAGUUUAAACAUGGUUAAAGUUCUUGCAAAUGCUGGUGUGAACAUUACUACUGAUGGAAAUAUACAGAAUAACCAGCUUCUACCAGCUUUUGCACAAAAUGAUGAAUUUCAAAACUGGUUGCAGCAGGAGCUGAAAAAUCCCCCAAGUUUGUAUCAUCAUUGUAGAAUUGUGAUACGAAGGAAAAUACAAGAUCUUCACGAAGGAUCAAAUUUUUUAAAGAAUCUCAAUAAACUUCCUUUACCAUCAAAAGUUAUUAAUUACAUAGCAUUAAAAGAUAUUAUUGCAGAGUCCAAACAAAAUAUGGUGUG